CUGUAAUCGGAAUCGGGUGCUUUUCCCAUCCUCCCUGUUGAGUCCAGACCCCAGACCCCAGAAUAAAGCGUAUUGAACAGUCUGUUAAGAAUCCAGCAAUCCUAAUGCCCACCAGGCCCAAAUCUAAACACUGGCCCAAUACCCACACUAGGUUACGGUACGAAAAUGCAGAGCAUACCAGUUAUUGGAUCCAACCUAAAACUCAAACUGAAGCAGCAGCAGCCAGCAGCCAGCAGCCACUCAUCCAAAAGCACCAGCAAACUUUGCUUAUCAUGUUCAGGGUUGCUGAUUAAGGGUCUAGCUUUAAUUUGUCAUUCAAGUUCUAUUAACACAUUCAAAUUUCGGUUCAAAUAGUCCAGUUUAUAUGCAGAGAACAGCUGGAUUCUACUAU